ACCGGGAGGUCGGGUUACCUCAGCCCUCGGGCUGCGUCGCUGUCGAUCAGCGAGUAAAGGAGUCGGGCCAUGGGUGACAGCGAUGACGAAUAUGACCGGCGGCGCAGAGAUAAGUUUCGCCGAGAGAGGAGCGACUAUGACCGGUCCCGCGAGAGAGACGACAGGCGACGAGAUGACUGGAAUGACAGAGAGUGGGACAGGGGGAGAGAGCGGCGAAGUCGAGAGUACCGAGAUUACGACCGAGGGAGAAGGGAGCGUUUCUCCCCACCGCGACAUGACCUCAGCCCGCCCCAGAAGCGCGUACGCCGUGAUUGGGAGGAUCAUGUUGCAGAUCCCUAUCACACUGGCUAUGAGAUGCCGUAUGCUGGUGGGGGAGGUCCCAGUUACGGCCCCCCUCAACCCUGGGGGCACCCGGAUAUUCACAUAAUGCAGCAGCACCACGGGAUUCCCAUCCAGGCCAGUCUCCUUCUCACCCCUAGGCUGGGCAACCUACAUGAGCUGGAGGUGGGGCCUCCACCCCCAGUAAUGAAGACCUUCAAAGAAUUCCUGCUGUCUCUGGACGACUCUGUCGACGAGACCGAAUCAGUGAAACGCUACAAUGACUACAAGAUCGAAUUCCGUCGGCAACAGAUGCAGGAUUUCUUCCUGGCCCACAAGGACGAGGAAUGGUUCCGCUCUAAGUAUCACCCGGAUGAGGCUGGGAAGCGCAAGCAGGAGGCUGACUUUGGCCUUCGCACGCGACUCAGUGUUUACUGUUACCUGAUGGAGCACGGCUGGUUUGAUGGCCUCUCACUCGACAUUGAUAAAGCCAACAUCAUCAUGAAGGCAUUAGACGCAGCUGUUAUAAAGAUGGAGGGCGGAACGCAAAUCGAUGUAAAAAUUCUAGACCUUGAGGAUGAAGAGGAAAAGACAGACAAAAUGGAGCCUGCAAAGAAGGAAGAGGGGCGGAUCUUGGAUAAUGACAGAAAGGUGGUGGAGAAAGAGAAGGAAGAAGAUACCAGAAAGGCAGAAGGCAAUGAGCAGUCGGUCGAUGUGAAGAUGCAACAGGAUAAGGAUGACGGCAAAUCAAAGGAACUGCCUGAUGAGGAGAAGGGCGAGGAUGGGGAAGACAAGGAUGAAGCUGAACAGCGCGAGCCGGCCAAGGAGAGCUCUGUGCCUGCAAAGGCUGCAAAGAAGCGGAAGAGGAAGCACAGUGGAGACGAUAGCUACGAUGAGGAUGAUGCCACUGCCUCCGACUCAGAGUCCGAGCCUGAAAUAGUGCCACCGGGUGUUGAAAGAAAGGAAGAUGAGGACCCAGGGAAGCAAAAGGAAGAUGAUGAGAAGACUGAGAAAGAAGAAGAGCCGAAACAAGAGAGAAAGGAGGAAGAAAAGCACAAAGAAAAACCCAAGGAGGAGAAGAAGGAAAUGGAUGUCACUCCUAAGCCUCGGCCGCUUCACAAAACCUGCUCGUUGUUUAUGAGGAGCAUUGCUCCAAAUAUCUCAAAGGCUGAAAUCAUAUCGCUUUGUAAACGUUUCCCUGGCUUCAUGAGAGUGGCAUUAUCUGACCCACAGCCAGAGCGCAGGUUUUUCCGGAGAGCGUGGGUCACCUUCGAUCGAAGUGUCAACAUCAAGGAAAUCUGUUGGAAUCUCCAGAAUAUCCGACUGCGCGACUGCGAGCUGAGCCCAGUAGUAAACCGUGACCUGGCCAGGCGUGUCCGCAGCAUCAACGGCAUCACGCAGCACAAGCAGAUUGUCCGCAACGACAUCAAACUGGCAGCUAAACUCAUCCAUUCGCUGGACGACCGCUCACAGCUCUGGUCAUCCGAGACUGUAAACGAGGACGGGAGAGUUGAGAGCCUGUCUUCCCAGAACCCCAUCCUAAAAAACAUCACAGAUUACCUGAUUGAGGAGGUGAGUGCAGAGGAAGAGGAGUUACUGGGAAAUCCCACUGACACAACUGACGAUGGACCAAAGGAGGGCAACCCAGAGGUCAACAUUGAGAGAGAUGAGAAGCUGAUUAAGGUUCUAGACAAACUGCUGCUUUAUCUGCGCAUAGUGCAUUCCAUCGAUUACUACAACACCUGUGAAUACCCAAAUGAGGAUGAAAUGCCCAAUCGGUGUGGGAUCGUACACGUCCGCGGACCUCUGCCUCCUAACCGAGUCUCACAGCAUGAAGUUGUGGAGUGGCAGAAGAUGUUUGAGGAGAAGUUGACGCCUCUGUUUAGUGUGAGGGAAAGUCUUUCUGAGGAAGAGGCAGCAAAGAUGGGCAAGAAGGAUCCUGAGCAGGAAGUGGAGAAGUUUAUCGUUGCUAAUACACAGGAGCUCGCCAAGGACAAGUGGCUGUGUCCUCUGAGUGGAAAGAAGUUCAAGGGCCCAGAAUUUGUGCGUAAGCACAUCUUCAACAAACACAGUGAAAAGAUUGAAGAGGUUAAAAAGGAAGUUUCAUUCUUCAAUCACUUCCUAAUGGAUGCAAAGCGACCUGCUCUGCCGGAGAUAAAACCCAAUCAGCCACCUGCACCAGGAGCCCAGGCAAUGGGUUUGACUCCAGCCAUGGGUUACCCUCAUCCUUCUCCUCAGGGCUUGCUGGGAUUUGGUCAGCCACGUCCCCCCGUCAUGGGAUAUGGAGCGGGACCUGCCUACCCCCCUCCUCAGUAUGCUGGGCGGGGAUCUUAUGAUGCAUAUCGAGGACAAGGAGGUUAUCCCGGAAAACCAAGAAACAGGAUUUUGCGGGGGGAUCCCAGGAACAUUGUGGAGUACAGAGACCUGGAUGCCCCAGAGGACGUGGACUUUUUCUGAACAGCCCCAAUUUGGUGUCCAGUACAGUGUUGGUUACUGUUCCCCUCGGGAGCAGAGGGAACCUGGUGUAGCAAUCGCAUCAUUUUGUUGAGGCAGACACAAUGUGUAAUAAAGUAGGGUUUGUUUUCUCUGGGAACAUUAUCUCUCCCUCUCUCCCCCCCCUCUCU